AUGCAUCCUGGCGUGUGCCGGGUGGAAUGGAGCCUCUGGAGGUUUACGACCGAAUGUGUACCCUCGAAACCCAGUGCAUUUCUGAAUCUUUGGGGAACGAUGCUGCUGCAGUUUGUUUUCUCCGUUUAUGUGGACCUUGGCAUGACCACCAAAUUUACCUUGCAGGGCCUCUUCGGCUCGUGCCUAGCGUAUGUGAAUGUCAUGUUCUUGAACCGGGUGCUGGGAUUCUUAUUCGCCGGCGGUGCCUACAACGGAGACAAGUUCUCCGUCUCCGUUCCUAUUCAAGGAGAGUCUUACCAGACCGCUUCGUACGCUGUCUCUUACUGGCUUCCGUUGUGCAAUAACGGCGAAGUGAGGUUCGCUGACAACGCCGCCCAUUGCUUCAUGAACAUCUGGCUCGAUAAGCUGACAUGGUCCGGCUUUCUGAGAUUGGGCGUCCUGUGGGUGGACUUUGCCCUUUUCGUGCUCCUUUGCUUCUCUGUGCCUUUCGACCCCAACCCGCGGAUGUUUGCUCUAUCGACGCACGUCAGUUUUAUGAUGACUUUCGUGAAUCCUUCCGCCGACGGCUUCUCGACUGAGCCGACCUAUGCCACGGACUAUCUUUCCAUGAUCCUGGCUGCCUCUGUGAUGUCCUUGCUUUGCUUCUUCCUGCCGCGGCUCCGCUUUACAGCGACUGAAGCUGCUGGGGACUGGGCCUGCGAUGCCCUGCAAGCCACGAGAGUGUUGGUGAAGCAUAUCCCAAGUUCCCUCGAUGGUGUACUCCGCCUCAAAAUCCGGACUGUGGAGCAGUGCGCUCUGCAGCUUCUGCAAAGACUUGAGAGGAGUCUUGCCUCCGCAUGGUUUGAGGGCUACGCCUAUGCGUACUGGAAGUGCCGCAGCGACUACGACAAAAAGCGCUACCAGCGGCUGAAGCUGCUUGUGGACGGCCUACGCCGAUGUCUGGACCGGCUCCCAGCCGUCUACUCUACCGCUGCCUUGGUGGACACUUCGGGAGCCUGGGUGAGCGAGGAAGCCUUCCAGCUCUUGCAGCAGCACAGCGAGCGAACGGCCACAAAGAUGGCCCUAGUCCUGCGCUGCGCCUUCUCAGAGGCAUCGCGGGAGGAGCCAGGCAGUAGCCAGAUGGGUCUCGCUGUCUGGAAGGACGAAGGCCCCGAGAUCAAUGCAUUCCUUUGCGCAGCCAGCAUGGUCUUAGUCGAGAUCGAAGACAUCGUGGAGGAUUUCCUGGCCACCACCGGCGCAGUAUCCGGCACCCGGUCUAGCCCAGCUCCCCAGGAGGAGAGCUGGCACAGAUCGUGCGGGGGCUGGUAUUCAAAGACGCGGCUGGUUCUGUUCAAGCUGCUAUGCCACAGUGACGACACUGCAGCUACUCAUCCCCGUUUCGUGGUACGCAAUACCAUCUCGAUCUGCCUUGCUUUUGGGCUGGGUUGGGUUGGUCUGUGGAACACAAUGCCCUCGUACUCUGCAUACCCGGCCUCGACCAUCGGCGUCAUCGUGUACACGUACACGGGAGCGACGCCAUCUGUCACCUUGAGGCGCUUGUCCGGGGUGGUGCUUGGAAAGGCUGCAGGGGCGAUUCUACAGCUCUCUUUGGCAGUCAAGAACGUGCUGUACGUGAUCGCUUUCGCCAUGUCGAUGUGGCUGAUCGUAGGCCUCACCUUUUUUCAAUACAUCCACUCGGAGGAUGCCGUCGACUUUGCUUACGUGUGUGGGCUCACAGCCGCAUAUGCUGCAUCGAGCAUGAUUCCGUCCAACGGCGUCCUGCGCCAAGUGAAUGAGAGAACCACAGACACAGUUCUUCCAACAUUGAUGAACACGAUCCUGCAGACGCUCAUCGGGAUCGGAAUCAUGCUGGUGGUGGAUGCUUUGCUGGCUUCACGAGCCUCAAACCAGGCGCGACAGCGGCUGAUGCGAGCAUUCACACGGCUUAUCAGGGGCGUGCGAGCUUGCAAAGAGCAGGGGAUGUCUCGGGAGAACGCAGAAACCUUCGCGCGGGAGCACAAAGAGGCAACCGCUGGGUUUCUCCAGGACCUCAACGCACUGAAAACUUUGCUACCCUAUGCAGCUGCAGAGACCACCUACUGGUCAAAGCCCUUGAAUCUGGCUCUCUACGAGUCUCUAGAAGCUCAUCUUCGCAACGUCGUAUCUCAUUCGGCGGCUCUCGUCCGUGCUUUUCAGUGCGCAGACCAGGUGCGUGUGUCUUCGCUUCCAGCUUGGCCUGCCUUGUACCGCUUCUUCCACCAGCAGCUGCUGCACAAUCUGAUUGAGAUCCGUGAUAUCACUGAGGGACUUCUGAGCUCCCACAGCGAGGAUAGCAGUGGGGCAAACUCGGAAAGCAAAUGUGCCGACCCGGAACGAAAGCCGGACAACUUGGAGCUUCAAGAAGUCCGACAGAGGUUGGCCGAGAGCCUCUACACCUUCCAGGCUGCAUGGCGGCCAAGAAGCGAGUCUCAUUGCACGGUUGCGUUAAGUAGAGGAGAGUCAGCGGGUCCAAGUUCCUCUUCCCUCCGUUUUUGUAUCGCUUGA